UCCCGCCCGCGUCAACAUCCCCGCCCGCUCUCGGCUCACUCGCCUUCAGGUUGUGCUUACGAACUGACGCCCGUCAAAACUGCUCUGAGUUCGGUAUCAUUUCAAUGGAGCGAGGACUUUCAGAGAUUCGUGGUGGUUGUUUAGAGUAAUAAACCAUACUAAUACAUGUUGAAACACCCCUACGUAAGUUGAAUUCGGGUGCACCAGCCAGUAAACAUCAUGGAUCUUUCAUUUAUGGCAGCACAGAUCCCUGUGAUGACGGGUGCCUUCAUGGACUCCUCGCCCAACGACGACUACAGCACCGAGCGCUCCCUCUUCAACUCCUCGGCCAGCGUUCACGUGGCGACAGCCUCCGCCUCCUCCGCCCAGGCCCCACCCGACGACCAGGAGCAGAUGUCCAGCGACACCAUCUGGCUCUGGAUCGCCAUCGUGGCCACCAUCGGCAACAUCGUCGUGGUCGGAGUCGUCUACGCCUUCACCUUCUGAAUCCAAGAAACCCCACCCUGAAAAACACAUGAGUCAUGGGGAAAGUGCUAUGAAACUUUACAGAACCACCAAGCUCCCCAGCAGUUCAGUGCCCUAACUUGUCUUGGAUCUAUGGAGACACUGUGAUCCUAAUAACCAUCUGACUCCUGUAGAGAGUUCUAGCUGGAAGGACUCCCCCCCCCCCCCCCUCAUCAAAUCGUGUGUGCACACUUUCACUAGAGCCGAGUGUUGGGUUUAAAGAGGAUUAUGAUGUAGUUAGUGAAUUGGACCUGCUUAAUCGCCCCCCAGAUAGAUGAGAGGCAAUUAAGGAAAGUGCAGCUUAAUUAUUUGGAUGAAGGGACCAUGAAUCUUGAAAUGUUCCAAGCGAAUCCGGUCAUUACUGUUGCAUUGCUCUGCACUUGGCAAACUUAUUACAUUAUAAAUAACUUGUAAAUUUGACGGCCAGAGGAAGGUGACUUGAAACAACAGGGUUUGCUGUCACUGUGGUGGCUUUUUGCAUGAGACCCACUGCUCCAACUCCAUGGAGUGCAUUAAGCCUCUGCCACUAUUCCUUUAUCAGCCAUAUUAAGACCAUCACGGAACUCCAGCUUCAUUGGCCAUACCAAAGCAUGGGCUAUAAUGCUCUCCUGAUGUUCCGCUGUCACAGCUUAUUAAACUAGCAGCACUGAAUGGACCUGGGACUACCACAGUAGAAAACUGCAGUCGUUUUUCCUUCAAAUGAUCACUGUAUGCAAAAAAGUAAUCGACUAUUAUUUAUUUAUGAUUUAUAUUAUGAUGUAGAAACAUUCCUUCUCUAUUGACUGGAUUGACUUUGAUCAUGAGAAUCAAUUCUCUGGCAGCUGUUGUCAUAGUGAUGAAUCCUACCUAAUAUAGCACCUUAAUGAUAUUUCUUCUGAAACAGAGCUCACUGUGGACGAGUGGGUUUUAUUUGGAUCUAGACCAAUAUGAGUACCCAGCCAUAUUUUCGUCAGUUGAGAAAACAGUUGGACUCCAAAACAGAUGGGAAAUGUGGAACACACCUCUCUAGAUUAAGUCAUGUAUUGCACACUUGGUCUUCUCUCGUUACAAUGUUAAAUAAUGUUUGAAACAUGCCUAUCCUUUUUCACAGAUGGCUACUGGAACCAUUCCUGCAUUCACAGAUCACCUGUAAUUAUUACAGUAAUGGUGACACAAUUAUGGACUUGAAGCGUCACCAUUAGCUGAAGGAUGCUGAUUAUUAGAGGUUGCUACAGAUUGUUGCAUUACAUGGACAAAUCACCAGAUGUGUUUUCACCAUUUGUAGUACCAGUAGUAAUACAGGCAAAGCAUCUACCUUACAAUAUUUUCAUCAUUUACUGUGAUUCUCACUUUAAACAACUGGCUAAAAUGUUCGUCAUGGAAAAUUAUUUAGUUAAUUAUAUUAUUGUUAAUUUUUAAAAGCAGGCUAUAAUAAACAGCAGGGUUAACAGAGCAUACUAAACGUGUGUCACUGGUGCCAGAUACUGUAGAUAGUAUUGGAUGAUUCAGUUAUGCACUCAAACAGGGUCUCUGAAAGACCUGUUUUUAUUUUCCAUUUGAAAAAGAGUCUAAUGCCUGUCUUUGUACUAUAUUAUGACACACACACACAUACAAGAAUAAACUUUUUGUAAUGAGAGACUAUACUUACUAUUA